AUGUAUUCAACCAUUCCAAUUCAAAGACAGUGGGCGAGACUUGCACAUGUCUGUCGAGCUUUAUCGUCAUUGGAGGGCCACAAGCUACCUGUGGGUGGAAAAUCAAUAGACGGCAUUUCACCGCCACUGCGCAUAUCCCGGUCUCCUACCGACAUACUGCAGGCGUUGGCUGCCACGGUCGGUGUCGAUCCAACAGCUCCUCAUUACAAGUACCAUGAUGACCCCUUCCUUAUACCUCAAUCCAAUUAUCGAAAGCGAGCAUAUGCACUAUCUGCUGAGGCAGGACGUAAGGCUGCCACCUGGAUAAGGGAUGAACAAGCCCAUUUAUUUACUACUCGAGAAUGGGAUCCCCCAAUGAAAAUGAAGACUCCAUAUUUCAAUGCCGACCCACAUAUUGAUGCAUUUACUCCAAGACCAAUUUAUAAUGAUGAAAGCAAGGUCACUGAAGAAGAUCUUUUAUACACAAUAAACAAUGCCCUUAUAGAAGAUGCUAUAAAAGUAUACCAACUCUUAGGAGCAUCGGAGGGAGUUAAUGAUGAAUUGAAAAUGUCUCUGCUUCAAUUAUUAUGUUUUUAUAAUGAAAAAGAACCCAUUGGGGCUGAAUGGUUGGAGGAAAGGUGGUUUGCUGCAGCUACAAGAGAACGACAAGCUGCCACAUGGAAGUUAGGUGGGCUUGCCGAUAAGAUCUUUGCUUCAAUGGAUCCGAAAACACCUGAAGCUUAUUGCACUCUUAUUCAAGGAAUGGCAAAAUAUUAUCAGGCUGAGCGUGCGCAUGCAUUCGCUCAAGAGGCGAUAGAAAAAGGUGUUCCCUUGUCUACCGGAGUUUAUAAUUCCCUCCUCAGUUGUGUUGGUUUUCUUAAAGAAGGCACGGCCUUGCGUAUUGACGCGUUAAAGGGACUUCUAGCUGAAAUGAAUGAACAGGGCAUCUCACCAAACGCAGACACGUUAACGGCGUGCCUUCGUUCAAUAUCGGCUUGGGGUGGAGGACAGAUAUUGCAAACGUUUGCAUUACAAGUUUUGGCAGAAUUCAAAGCUUUGAACAUUCAGCCGAGCCUUUCCGCCUAUUACUACAUCUUGUGUUUAUUCUGCAAAGAACGUGGACAGCGCAUAGACAUAUUGACAUCUAUAUUGACUGAUUUAGAAAAUAGAGAAUGUUUGGAGCCAUCAGAUGCUAUGGAUACACAUUUCUUCAUCACAGCUAUCGGAGUGUGUAGUGACCAUUUACAGGAUAUAAACCUUGCCGAGCGUGUACAUGCAUUACUAAUGAAGGGUGAUAACUACAAGUUGGUAGGAGACGCUUAUAAAGAAAGCAUUUAUUAUAGGCAUUUGGUCACGGUAACAUGCAGACACGCCCCAUUCGAGACAACGGCACAGUUGUUGGACAUGUUAAUACCAAACAUAUAUGUACCUGAGCCAUCUGUUAUGGAAGAGAUAAUAAAGACAUUGGAAGUAGCUGGGGCUGGUGAUAGACUCGCAGAAGUUUGGUCCCAACUUGUCGUAUUUGGUCUCGCGAAAAGAAUUAAAAUUGUUGAACAAUUACUGAAUGCACUCUGCCAAUGCUAUUCUUACCAAGAAGAUGAAAUUAAAGAGAAAAUCCGAAAUGCCGCAGCCGAUAUGCUUAAGUUUGGACAAUUGAUUCAAGAACAGAAUGAAAAUAGAAGGACACCUACACAACAGUUAUCAGCAACAGCUUUAGCGAAUAUAAUAGAUUUGUGUGCGGACGUGAACGAUAAAGAUGACCCCAGCUGGGAGGUUGUUGGAGAGGCUUUGGGAAGGCUUCGAUCCGAGCAGGCUGUGGGCGUACCGGAUAAACCUGAAAUAUUGGCGUCGGUCGCGAAAAAGGCCGCUAACAUCGGAAAACCGGGUAUUGCAGCUACGGCACUAACCUACCUUGCCGAGUGCGGUUUUGAAGAAGCAACGAAAGCAUGUGUGGAGACACUUGGAGUUAUGUUGAAUAGACCAGUUGAGGAAGUCCAGACGUUACUGCAAGAGCCAAGAUCUGCCCUUGAGGCUUCAUUGCACCCGUCGGCACUUGUCAUCGCAGAAGCUUUUCAUUUGGCAAAAACGGGUGGACCCAUGGAUUCUUCGAGUUCGGAGAGUGAUAGCGAUUCUUCGGACAGUGAUUAG